AUGGCAUCCUUUACCCAACAAGCUUCAGUGCUGCUGCUGCCCCUGCUCUUCCAGGGAAUUCUCUGUGUUGGGCCAAGCCCAGAGGCCAGCCAUGUCCUGGGAACCCAUCAUCCGGCAGGAGAAGAACCCCUCUCCUUUCGCUUGCUCCAGAUCUCCUCGUUCGCCAACCACAGCUGGGAGAGCACCCAGGGCUCAGGCUGGCUGGGUGAAGUGCAGACUCAUCGCUGGGACAGAGCGUUGGGCACCAUCAGCUACAUGUUGCCCUGGUCCCAGGGCAAUUUUACCAAGGAGGAGCUGGAGGGCAUCCAUGCGAUAUUGCAGCUGUAUUUCCAUCUCUUUCCUGGGCAAGUUCAGGCGCGUGCCAGUCAGUUUCAGUUGGAAUAUCCCUUUGUGAUCCAGAUGUCAUCCGGCUGCACAAUGCGUCCUGGGAAGGCCUCAGAAGCCUUCUUAUAUGGGGCAUACCAAGGAUCCGACUUCCUAAGUUUCCAAGGGUAUUCCUGGAGGCCAGCUCCAGGAGCAGGAAGUCGGGCUCGGGAUGUCUGCAAAGUGCUCAAUCGCUACCGAGUUGUUAAAGAAGUUGCCAAGAAUCUUCUCGGUAACGCCUGCCCUCGCUUUCUGGCCGGCAUCGCUGCAGCAGGGAAGGCAGAACUGGAGCGGCAAGUGAAGCCAGAGGCUUGGGUGUCCCAAGGCGCUGGUCCUGGUCCUGGGCGUCUGCUGCUGGUGUGCCACGUGUCUGGCUUCCAUCCCAAGCCCGUGCGGGUGCGGUGGAUGCGGGGGCAGCAGGUGCAGCCAGACACUCAGCAAGGGGACGUCCUGCCCAAUGCUGACGGGACGUGGUAUCUUCGAGUGACCCUGGACGUGGCCGCUAGAGAGGCCACUGGUCUGAGUUGUCGAGUGAAACACAGCAGCCUCGGAGGCCAUGACCUAAUCAUCCCCUGGGAUGGAUACCACAUCCUCACAGUAUUGACCUGUUUGGCUAUAAUGGUUACCCUGAUUGUGUUGGUUGUGGUUGGUCGGUGGUUUCAAAAGCAGAGCCUUGCCUUUCCCACAGAAGCCAGCAUCCAACACCCCAGGAGUUUAGGACAUCAGCUCUACUUGGCACAGAAAUCAUGGAUGAAAAACAGAUUCUUGAAGGAAGGAAAAAUAAGCCUAAGCAAACUCUGA